AUUUCUCCCUAAACGACGAACCUCUGACUUUGCUGGGACAAGGUUCUGCAGGCGUUGCAUGUUACCUGCUUGCAUAACAAAGCCAGCUAAGGUGCCAUCUUUGAAGUGACUGAUACUCCGUCCAAGUUUCAAUCUGACAACCUUUUUUGGGAUGUUACAAAAGAGCAGCAAAUAAUUACUGAUAUUAUUUUUCAGUGGUCUUUGCAGGGAGGCAUUUGCGGGCUUGGUAUUUUUUGCCUGAGGCGCCCAAGCAACAGCUGGCCGUGGGGACUUGGCAUGCUUUUGGGGAUCGUGGGUGGAAUGUGUGCCUUGCCUCAGGCUCCCAAAUGUCUUGGGUCAGGAGCUAGGCUGAAUAUAAACAACAUGUAGCUGGUCUCAAGCUCUGGACACAAGCAGUUUCAGCCCCCAAAUUUAAAAAGUUACCCAUUGUGUCAGGCAGCCAAUUUGCGGCCUGUCGCUCUUGGGCAGUUGCCUGUUGCCAUGGGAACGGGAAUCCGAUGCAAACAGUUGGCGUGCUUCUGCAGCUGCUGCUCUGCUUGGCACGGGGACCGGCAGGUGAGUUGGGGAGAGACAGGUGAGGCUGAAUCAAAGGGGGAACGGGCGCUGUGUCAGCGCCAAGCCUCGGAAGGGCAUUCCCAGUAUUUGUGCUUUUUGGACACUUGAGAUUCCACUCAGCUACAGAAGUGUACUCCUUCUGGAGAAUUUUUUAAUUGCAGGAUCAGGAUGUGUGGGACUCCAACUUUUAUCACUCCUAGCCACCACUGACUGCUGGCUGAAGGUGAUGAGAGUUGUAGCCGACCCAGAGGUUGGCAUUGUGCCUGUCCUCUCACUGUCAUAGAAACACUGACUUGCAACUGUUGUUCAAACUUUAUUUCUUCAUCAUAGAGAUUGUUUUAAUAGAGCACAUAGAUGGAGGAAGAUGCCAGUAAACCGGAAACCCCUCCGGGGGUGGCAUCGGCAGAAGCAGGAGCUGAGAGGCAAAGUGAGGAGAGGGAGUUGGCAGAUGAUACUCCAGAGAAGACUGACUCACCCAUCCAGGACACACAAGAGCCAGGGAAAGGGACCCCGGAUUCUGCAGGAUCCAUGGAAGCAACCCAAAAGGGCGAUCUUCCGGAACAGGCUCCACAAGCCAGUGUCUCUCCAGAUCCUCCACAAACAUCUAAAGAAAAGCAUGAGGCAAAGGCCAGGCUCGCAGUUCGAGAAGCCCAAACUCCCAAAGAGAAGCCGCCUUCCCCUUCCCCCAAAGAGAAGGGCCGCAAAACUCCAGAAAGGGCCACAGGUCCUACGGCCAGCAGAGAGGAGGCUCACAACCCCGGCAUCAAGGGUGAGAAAGAACAAGGAGGCCAAACAGGAUUGGAAAAAGGCCAAGAGAGGAAGCAAAAGCAAGAAGCAGGUCUUGUGGCCCCCUCCCACCAAAGUCCCAGGAGUCCAGAGCGGGCCAGAAGUCCAAAGGAGCCUCCUUCUUCACUGGCUGACAGCCCCACAAGCAGGGACGCUCAGGGCAAUCCUCAGAUGAACCAAGAGGUUAGCCUUGUCCCCCGGCCCCCGGAUGCACUCAUCAGCAGUCAAGAAACGAGUGUCCAAACAACCCAAGAGGAGAGCAAACCAUCCAAAAGACAAAUUAGUUUCUCUCUGAGUCCAGCGGAGGAGGAGAAGUCCAUCGUGUCGACAGCUGUCCCAGGCAUGAUGUUUGAAGACGAGAGCAGGCCGCUUGCUGACCAUCCACUUAGUUUGUCUUGGGUUUUUGGCUACGACAACAAACUCCCCGUUUUCAAUUUGCUCGAUGAAGACCGCAGGGUGAUUCUGUAUGUUGCUGGUCACACUGCCGUGAUCCAUGACAUUUUCAGGAACAAGCAGUACCUCCUCCAGGGACACUCGAGUUGUGUUUCUUGCAUCUGUCUCAGUGAAGACAAGCGAUGGAUAGUAACUGCUGACCGGAGCCCAGAGAGCUUGAUUAUCAUUUGGGAUGGCUAUUCUGCGGUCCCGGUGCACACGAUAUUCGAUAGUCACCCAGGAGGCGGAGUCAGUGCCAUCGCCAUUUCCCACGAUUCCCUGUUUGUGGCAACAGUUGGAGCCGAGGAAGUGCAGAAAACUCGUAUUUGGGACUGGACCUCAGGGGAAACAACUCCUUCCUGCAGUGUAGACCUCCUGCCCGAGUACGGCUUCCAACAUUACAUUGCAUUUAGUUCAAAAGACCAUAAUGAACUGGUCAGCAACAGCGAAACUCAAGUGAUAUUCUACAUGCGGGAUUGUGAUGUCUUGCACUACUUUGCUCCUGUCCUAACAGAGAAAACCUUUGACCGGAGCGUGGGGUUGUUCAGCCAAUCGUUGUUCCAUUUCAGCACUGCCCAGGCCAUCACUGGCACGAUGGAAGGCAAGAUGGCGCUCUGGGGUCCAAUCCCACCUCCUUCCAGGGACCCCGCUUUGAGCGUGAAGCCCUAUAACAUGAAGGUCAUCAAGCUGGUGCACUUGCAGAGGGAAGGCAUCUCGGUGUUGGCCAUUACAGAUGGGAAUUUUGUAACCUGUGACAUCAAGGGGCGUGUGAAGUUCUACGACGGAAAUCUACAGCUGGUGCAUUGGUACAGCCACCUGAAAGUUGGGCCCAUCCGCUCCAUUUCCUUCAGCAGGCACCCACCGUGCCCUGUGGAUGUCACCAAGUUCCCCAUGUCUUGCACCUUAUCAGGUGCACCUUUCAUUCUUAGGAAUUUUAUUCUUUCCACGUCAAAUUCAUUAGUGGUCCAUAUCAAGCCCGAGGGUUUAAAAAUCAGCAAAUGCCUGGAGGAGCCCAAAGAUGUUGUUCAUGCCAUUGCCUGCCAUCCGAACAAACCCCUCAUGGCCAAGGGGAGUUUUUGUGGUCUUCUGAAAGUGUGGCACUACAAGCUCGACAAAUACCUGGUCAGCCGAAUCUUUAAGGGCGACAGUAUCCAGGCCCUUUGUUAUAACCAUGAUGGCUCCUUGCUGGCAGUCGGCUUUGCUAGCGGAACCAUUCGCCUUCUUGAUUCGAUCUCUUUGGAGAACGACCACCCAGAACCGAUGAAGUUUUCAAAAGGCUCCAUUACCAUCAUUGCCUUCUCACAUAAGUCCCAGUAUUUUGCCACUGCUGAUGAAAAACUUUCAGUGAAUGUCUACAAGCAGUUUAUGAAAGAUGGGCAGAAAGUUUGGGACCUCCUGGCGGCGCUGCAUUCCCACUGCCGGCCCAUCCGCAGCCUUCUCUUUGGAGUGCAGUUGGACAGCGAUGAACCCAGGCUGUUGAGCCUUGGGGAAGACAAACUUCUGGUGGAGUAUGACCUGGAAAAGACCACCCGCUACAACCUGGCCGUUCACCAAAGGCUCCGCAUUGAGCAGGGAGCCAUCCCCAAGUGUCUCACCUGGCACCCGCCUCUCACAACGGAACACUUUUUACUCACGGCCAGUGAUGAGUAUAAAAUGAAGAUGUACAACGUGACCACAAAGAUGUGCAGAAAGACUGUCCUGGGACCCACAUACGGUUCGCCCCUUGAGAAGAUCCUGGUCCUUCCGCUCGAAGAAGGCCGUGACCCUCAGAAACGGUAUCUGGCCUACAUUACCACAGAUAAGGUCGGUCUGCAGGUCUUGCCUGUGGAUGGGAACCCACACAAGUCCUGCACUGUCAUUUGCCACCCUACUGGCGCCUCCAACCUGGCCUGCUCUUAUGAUGGGUGCCACCUCUUCACGGCCGGGAGCCAUGACUUCACCGUGAUGAAAUGGGAUGUUAAUUUAAGCGCCCUAGAAGCCGUUGUCUUUCUGGGCGGGAAAGAUUUAAUCCCGUUCUACAACCUCCUGGAGGGUGGCAGAGAAGGCCUGUUUUUCAAGGAACUGGAAGAUUAUUUUUAUUAUGCUCAGUUGAUCCACCAAGGGAUCAACACCAUGGAGCCCAGAAAGGUGUCUACGCACAUCCCGCUGGAACAGAUUCCUUCCGUCAUGCGAGCGAUGGGCUUUUUCCCGACUGAAGAUCAGAUUGAAAAUAUGUUGAAUGAAGUCAAAUUCAGUGAAUACCUGGAGACUGGAAAGCAAGUGACCAGCAUCAAUUUGGGGGACUUUAUCAAGCUUUACAUAAAUCACCGGCCAGCGUUUGGGCUGUCGAGGAAUGAAAUACAGCGUGCCUUUCACAUCCUGGGCUACGAGGAUGAGAACGGAGAAGCUACCAUCAACAGGGAUGAGCUGCUUUUGCUGCUUCAAAACACAGGAGAGCAUUUCACAGAAACUGAGCUGACCGAAUGCCUCACCACUUUGUUGGGGGUAAAUCCAGAGGGGGGCCGCGGCGAGGUUGGUACCUACGACCCCACAGGUGCUGAUUUAUUUAUUGAGGAAGAUAUUCCAGAAGAAAUCACAGCAACGCAUUUCACCAUGCACCUUCUGGGCCUUCCGAUGCCUGAACCCACUUUGGGAGAGUCAGAAACUCCCAACAGCAGUAAUCUGUCAUAGAAUGCCUUUAGAGGUUCUCACUCUUUUUUAUUCAUCGCUCUAACUAUGUUGUCUGUAAGCCUCUCUAGAAAUUAUAUCUAUUUAAUCAAAAAUAUCUCAUUCACUAAAACAA